AUGUCUUUCUUGUCAAUAAUUGAAAAGGUCGAUACAUUUCCUUACUUUUCUGCUUCUUCUGAUUACUACACUUUGGUCACUCAUGAUGCAUUGACACCAAUUGGCUAUAUCACAUCAGAAAUUGCAAUUUUCCUCUCUUUAGAAACAAAAUAUUUCAAUGUAGAUAGUCAACAUAAGCUAAUUAAGAUUAGCCCUGAUCUUGACACUUUUGAGAAGAGAAACGAAGCAUUCGCUUUCGUCGGUGAAAAAUGGAAAGUAGACCCACAUUUUGAGAUAGCCUUGGGGAAAGGCUGGAGGAAUGAACUCUAUGCAGUCUACGGUCCUGAUCAUACCCCAUAUCUAUUGAUAGAGAGAGCCGUUAGUGUCUUACUCGGUGUUAAUACAUAUGGAGUUCAUAUCAAUGGAUAUAUUGAGCCGCAAAAUACGUCUAACGGAAAGUUGAAAGUGUGGGUUCCUCGUAGAUCUGCUACGAAGCCAACCUACCCUGGUAAAUUGGACAAUACAGUAGCAGGAGGUAUAGGAUAUCCUCAAGGAAUAUGGGAAACAGUAGUUAAGGAAUCUUUUGAAGAAGCUGGGUUGAAUGAAGAAUUCGUGAAACUGCAUACCAGGGCUAAUGGUGUGGUUCUGUAUAUGAUUCAACCAUCAUUGAACUCGUCAGUACCACCAGAAGGGUUAGUCGUCCAACCAGAAGUAGAAUAUACGUUCGACUUAGAAUUUGAUAAUGAAACUGAUGUCGUUCCCCAGCCCGAAGAUGGUGAAGCUGAAUCGUUCCAUUUAAUGGACGUAGAUGAGGUGCUUGAAAGAAUACGUAAUGAUGAGUUUAAGCCCAACUGUGCUUUAAUUUUCAUUGACUUUUUGAUUAGACACGGUGAAAUUACAGCAGAAAAUGAGCCAAACUAUACGGAAAUUGUCUCCAGGUGCCAUAGAAGGUUGCCAUUUCCAACCAAAUAG